GGUGUUUCCACCUACAACCCUUCCGAUUACUCAUACUUAGUAUUUGCGUGGUAAUUUACGCCAUCAAAUUGGCGCCACCCGUGGGACCUCUUUACAAAAAGAAGCCAUGACGAACAACAAUAUGGAAUCCAUCAUUUCCCAAACUUCCACCCCAGCGGAGGGCGUUACCCUUAUCCCGGGAGGAAUCAUAUCAUUACCUUCUCUCUUCUCCCCCAUGAUCACCACCUUCACUACUCAAACAGCCCCAGGUCAGGCCCUUCAUAACUUUGGACAAAUUAUGCCCAUUUUCCAACAACCCGGGGGAUUUACUCUUUUCAUCCCUGGGAUGUAUCCCCAUGCUUUGGGCCAAAAUACAAAUCUUCCCAACACGUUGGAGCAUCCCCCGUCGUUUCAACCGGUAAGUACCUCACGGUCGGUCACCUUGACAAAUCUAGCCGGGGAGCUGGAAAGGGCAGGCCCUUCUCGGCCUAGGAGGAGCAGAUCCCACAAGCUCCACACUCAGGUCAUACCCGACGGGAACGUGCGCUCUGUGCGCAGCAGGGAAGAAGACUCGGAUAUUCCCAAAGGCCAGAAAAAGCUGCAGGGCAAAGCCGUCCAGCCGGAAGAUUCACGACGGUCAGUGUUCCAGAGGCUGGGACAUGAGGGGCGGAAACAGAAUCGACCGGCCAAGGAGCGGUUGGGGGUGAAGGUUCCCAAGCCAGGCAAAUUCUAUAGGCGAGAAGGUGGUAGGCGACCCGGUCAGACCGGGCGCUUUGACCCUCAUCUCUGUGAUGAGCCCCAACACAGCAGGGUGCCUAGAGCGAAGGGCCAGGCGGAAAACCAGCCCAAAGUUGCAAUGCGCAGACAUGUUGAACCACCCAGCAACCGGGUGGACAUGGAGGAAGAACGUUUGGAGAGGCUCUUGAAGAGAGUUCGUCAGGAAGAAAAGAAGAAAGUGGUGUUGAACAACCAUUUUAUCAUCCGCUAAGACCGGAUAUGUACCAUGCCAAGGUUCAAUAAAGUUGAUCUUUUUUCUCAAAAGACUUCUCACAAAACCAGUAAGGAAAGAGUUACAAACCUAUCCUCCCGGUGAAUGUUCAAUCGAAUUGAGCAUUUAAAAAAAACAAUUGGUCAAAUGGAUGAACCGUAUUGACACGGUCAAAAAAUAACAGUUGAACUUUUUC